AUGGCCUCUUUUAUUAAUAUUAAUUCGGAUACUGACGAUACCUUUGAGGAAAUUGAUUUUAACGAAAUAAAUAAACAAAGCGAUGAUGAUAAUAUUGAAGAAAUUGCUUACUUUACCAAAAAUUUAACUGCAAGGCAUAUUCAAUUUUCAGCUAUUUCUGUUGAAUAUCCGCCUACUGAUCUUGAAGGAUACGCAAUUAUAUAUAACUUUAUUGACAAUGAAAAUUAUUCUGAAGAGCGAUGUAAAGAUGAUAUUCAAAUUCAAAAAUUAAUGAGAGACAAAGCUCGAGUUGUAUUUCAUGAUAUCCAAUACUCACAAAGUGGUAAAGGUGGAAGUUCUAAUAUCAAUUGUCCAUUUUUUGAUAAAUCUAAUAAUGAAAAAGUACAAGUUAUUAAAGAUCAGCAAAAAUGUGAAGGUGUUAAUGUCGUGCUGUGGACCA